CCCCAGGCUGCGGAGGAGGCAGAGACGCAGCUGCCGCGCCGGGGCUGGAGCUGCUGCCUCCUCCACCGCGGGCAGACCCGGAGCGCCCCGCACAGUCAUUUAAGGUUUAGACCCACUGUGCUUGCUGGGCUAUGCCCAGGUCCAGAGCCAUGCCAAACAGGGAGUGAAGCUUGAGGCAGUGAUGGAGUCUCUGCAGCAGCAGCAGCAGCAGCAGCAGCAGCAAAAGCAGCAAAAGCAGCUGCACCUGGCUCCUCUGCAGAUGGAUGCCAGGGAGAAGAAGCAGGAACAACAGAUGAGAGAAGCCCAGUUCUUAUAUGCCCAGAAGCUGACCACACAGCAGGCUCUUCUUUCUGCCACAACUGGGAGGCCUUCUGGCAACCCUGCCCUGGGUCCCUUAGCCAGAAUUCCACCAGCCACAGUGGCUGCCCGAGUUUUUGAACAGAGCAAUGUGAACUCAGAGCCUGAGGAAGAAGAAGGAGGUUUGGAAGAUGAGGAUGGGGAUGAUGAAGAUGCAGAGGUGGCUGAGAAAGAGGCCCAGGCUGCUUCAAAAUAUUUUCCUGUGCGGAAAACGACUUGCCCAGACCCCAGGGUGGUGCCAAUGUCCAGUCUCCUCCCAGCACCAGGGACCCCAUCUCAUGGACAGCAGGCUAAAGAAGACCAUACCACAGAUGCUUCCAAGGCCCCACCUGCUUCAGUCUCUGUAUCUGGGCAGCCGAGCUGGAAUCUGGAUGAGCAGCUCAAGCAGAAUGGUGGUUUGGCCUGGAGUGAUGAUGUGGAUGGAGGCCGGGGAAGAGAGAUCUCUCGAGAUUUUGCCAAGCUGUAUGAACUGGACAGUGAUCCUGAAAGGAAAGAGUUCCUGGAUGACCUCUUCAUCUUUAUGCAGAAGAGGGGGACCCCCAUCAACCGAAUCCCCAUCAUGGCCAAGCAGAUCCUCGACCUGUACAUGCUGUAUAAGCUGGUGACGGAGAAGGGCGGCCUGGUGGAGAUCAUCAACAAGAAGAUCUGGAGGGAGAUCACAAAAGGCCUGAACCUGCCCACAUCCAUUACCAGUGCUGCCUUCACUCUGAGGACCCAGUACAUGAAGUAUCUGUAUGCCUAUGAGUGUGAGAAGAAAGCUCUGAGCUCCCCAGCUGAGCUCCAGGCAGCCAUCGAUGGCAACAGGAGGGAAGGCCGGCGGCCCAGCUACAGUUCCUCCCUCUUUGGCUACUCACCCACUACUGCUACUGCUGCUGCCACUGGGGCCACUAUCCUGCUCUCCCCACCCAAGAUCCGCUUCCCCAUCGUCGGGCUUGGCUCCAGCAGUGGCACCAAUGCCAGUAGCCCUCGGAUAUCCCCAGCAACCACUCUCAGGAAAGGUGAUGGAAUCCCAGUGACAACAGUGCCUGUGCCAAAUCGCCUGGCUGUGCCUGUGGCCUUGGCAGGUCAGCAGGCCGGUACCCGGUCUGCCACGCUGGAGCAGCUGCGGGAGCGGCUGGAGUCAGGGGAGCCAGCUGAGAAAAAGGCUUCGAGGCUGUCCGAGGAGGAGCAGCGCCUGGUGCAGCAGGCGUUCCAGCGCAACUUUUUCAGCGUGGCCCGGCAGCUCCCCAUGAAGAUCAGGAUCAACGGCAGGGAAGACAGAUCAGAGGCCUCGGCUGCAGCCCUGAACUUGACCACAAGCAGCAUUGGGAGCAUUAACAUGUCUGUGGACAUCGACGGCACCACCUACACAGGUGUGCUCUUUGCCCAGAAGCCUGUGGUCCACCUCCUCGCAGGAUCUGCCCCCCAGAGCAUCAGCAGUAGCACCGGCAGCAGCAGCAGCUCGCAUUGCUCGCCAAGUCCUACCUCAUCCCGGGGCACCCCCAGUGCAGAGCCCUCCACCAGCUGGUCCCUCUGACAGGCAGGACCCAGCCUCCUUCUCCUCACUCUCCUGUCGAGAGUGAAGGAAAUUGAUGCACAGAAUUUACCUCAUCUCAUGGAGCCCAUGUCGAACACCGUUUGGCCAAACAUUGAGGGUUUGGACAUGUCUGUCUGUCCAGGCUCCAUUCUGGUCCUGCUAUACUCCGGGGGCAGGGAGGGGCUGGAGGGGCAGGACAGGGCAGCGUUGUCCAAUCAGGGAUUGUCCUGGAGAACUGGGCAGGGGUCUGUGGGUGGCCAGCAUCCUCCAGGGUUCCCAGGCCACCUCCCAUCCUGGGGCACAGUGUAUCGACAAUCUGUAAGCCGACACAAGGCCCCCCACAGCCCUUUCCCUUUAAUUUAUUUCCCUUCCCCUGCCUUCUGCCAUGAUCCCAGGGUCACUGGUCACUUUCCCUGAUCAAUCUCCAAAUAUUCAACUCUCACGUGGGGCUGCCAAGAGCCAAGAGCAUGCCUUCAUGGCCCUUCUCUGCUGAGUAUGGGAUAGUCCUCCUACCCUGUCUUGACUACCGCUUUUGGUUUCUGGGGUCCCUCAAAUUCAAGAGUUGAACCAGUCCUCAGGGCCCUGUCUCCCUCUUUUAAUGGUACCAAGAGAGAGCACACGAGGUCAGUCUUCAAGCCCCAGGGCAUCCUGGGUAACUGCUGACGGGGAGACAGAGCCUCGGGGUGCCCAAGCCUUGGCACCAAUUUUACACUGACCCUCUUCUGAACUUCCCAGACCUCAUGCUCCCCACUCACCCUUGUAGGUCAGCUCUCCCAAGAAUAGCCCACUUGUCCCUUGGGCCCACCCUUCUCACGAGGCCAGCUCAGCCCCCACUUCUCCCAAACCUGUCAAUGUCAGGUUCAUUGAAAUACCUCAGAUUUGUAAUUGUUGAUGUUUGAUUCUUCAGGAAGUAUUUGCAUCUCUGAAAUCUUUUUUAUAUGGUUUUGCUGACUUUUUUUUUUUUUUUUUUUUUUUAAGAUUUUUUAUUAUUAUUGUAGUACCAAAGAAAUGAAAGCAGAUCACCCCCAAAGCCAACCAAGUGACUUGGUACCCAGCCCCUCUGUCCUUUCCUAAGACCCCAGAGAGGAGGCAGGGGAGGCAGCAGGAGAGAUGACUCAGGGAUCACGGUGGCGGGGAAGGAGGUAGAAUGGAGAGAACUGCUCUCACAGGGUCGGGUCCUGAAACCCCACCUUUUCUGAAGAUAGUCCUUGACCCGUUUCCUGCCAAAGCGGGGCUUGUGCCAGACUCCUACCCCAACUCACCAAUAUGGGGGCAGGACAGGUCCCCCUCCCUCAACAUUCCCCCCUCAGAAUGUGAGCAGGCUGGAAGGCCCUGUCCCUUGCUGGCCUUGCCAGAAGUCGAGCUGCCCUGAUGAAGGAGGAGAUGCUGAGAAUACCCGGUCUCUCCUCUUGGACCUUGGGGUGGAGUGGAUUGCUCCUAUGUUGUGAAGAAAAGAUGAUUUUUGUGCAAGGCUUGCCGCUUUAUUGUGUAAGCCCUGAAGUGUUCAGUAGAACACAUCCACUGUGAUGCCAUAGGGCUGUGGUGGUGGCAGACCCCGCUGGCACAAGCCCAAGGCAUAGCUAACAUUUAAUCCUGUCUGGGAAAGGAAAGGGAUAUCAAAAGCUUUCACACAAAACAGAUACCUCAGCCUGUUGAAGCUGCACCUCUGCUGGACUGCAUAUUCUCUCUGUCCCCCGUCCCCCAAACCCUUCACACACAUACGCUGUCACUACCCCACCCAUAGGGCUGACCCUCUUCUGGCCUCAGAGGCCUUAGCCACCAGGCAAGCACAGGGCCUGGGCAGAGGAAGGGCAUCUGGGAUCUGGUGCCAGGGAGAGGCCUGGCCGGCCGGCCCUGAGCCCACUUGAAUAUCUCGGACAUUUGGCCAGUGCAUCUUUCUCAGGGCUUGGUCAUGGAGGAUAGACUCUUCCCAUCCAGAGGGUGCAGGGACAGCACACUGUGUCUUUGUGGUCUUUGGGUCCUUCCCCUUUCCCUGGGCAGCUUGCCCAGCCUCACCCUCUGAGCAAACCCUUGCUGCCCGAGAGUGGGGGUACCAGCAGGUGCCCCAGGAAUGGGCCCCUGGCCCAGGAGGUGCUUUCGCUGAAGGGUCAGUCGUGACGAGUGCAUGGGAGGCAGUGGGCCGGGGCAGUUCUGUCCCCGCUUAACCAGAAAAAAUGUGAUAGCACAUGGGUAGCUAGGCAGUGGAUAAAUACCUCAGACGUCUUCUUGCAGCAAGUGUCUGUAUAUGUUGUGGUUAUUUUCUAUUUUACACGUUCUCGAAUGUUUAUAUUUCAAUAAACCUCUACCUCUUCACAUAA